AUGCCACCCCAGAAGUCCGUUGCGGAGGUCCCACGUUCGAUCCUCCCCCGCCUAACGUGGAAUGGCUCUUCCACCCGAACGAGCCUCACGGCUUCCCACUCCGCACCUCUUCCCGUAGGAAGGAAGCAAAAGCAGCGUACACAAAGUUGGACGGCUUUGACAUGGCAACCCCACUCUUCGCUUACACACCAUUCGGCGGCGGCAUACUCUACGAUUUCUCGGGAAAGCGGAACGUCGACUUUGAUCGCAAAGCGCUUUACUUGCUCGACCUUUUACAAUACCAGCAGUCGGAGCCUACAACCUACCGGAAACCCGAUCCGGCAUAAUGGCGUGUAUGUCGCGACAUUUAACCCAGCCCGCCGGGCAUUCCAUGCUUCUGCACGGCGGGAGCGAGACCAUCAUUUUGAUACUCUCAAAUUCGUCCAACGGCUCAAGGAUGAGGGGUUCAGUGAAGAGCAGGCUGUCGCAAUGAUGCGAGUGCUCAAUGACGUUAUUCAGGAAUCGAUCCAGAACUUGACGAGGACAAUGGUUCUGAGGGAAGACACAGAAAGAUCAGCCUAUACGCAAAAAGUCGAUUUCGCAAAACUCCGCUCUGAAUUAUUGAACGCGGAUUCCACGGAGGCCCAACUCACCCGCUCGUCGCACGAAAAGAUAGGUGCCGACCUUGCGAAGCUGAAUUCACGGCUUCGAGAUGAGAUAGGGCGUACCCAGGCGUCUGUUCGGCUCGAUCUUAACCUUGAAAAGGGCCGUAUCCGUGAAGAGGCGAACAGCCAAGAGAUGCGCAUAAAGGAGACAGAAACAAGAAUAGAGCAGGAAGUUGCAGGUUUGAGGGAGCGUGUGGAGGCUGUGAAAUUCUCUACACUACAGUGGCUCAUGGGUGUUUGCACUGGUACAGCUGCUCUGAUUCUCGGUGCUUGGCGUCUUCUGAUGUAA